AACACAACAUUGAUUUCAGCCAGUUCUAUCGCCGAAUCUCAUUUUUUGGUAACCGCUUCGCUCCCCGCACCACCUUUUGUGUCUGAACCGGACUCCAAUUCUGAAUUUCGCCUGCUGACGUCGCAUCCCAACUCGAUGUCCACCACCACUUCAUCUGAACAAUUUGUGGCCAUGCAGGCCCAAAUUACUUACCUGACUGCGCAAGUCACUACGCAUCAUACUAAACUUGACCAGAUCCGUUGCCUACUUGAAGAAAACCAGCAACUGCAUGAUGAGAAUGCUCAGCUGAAAGCCCAACUUGCUGCUGCUACUGCCAGCGCUCCUAAACCUACUGCUGCAACAUGUCCCACUCCAGCCACUCCUACACCUUUGGGUUCUGAUGAAUCCACCUUGGCCACUGUGUCCAAAAAAAUCCGCCCUCCACGUAUUAAGUGCACUGUCCGAAGCUUGGCUGCUUCAGUCCGUACUUUCAAGGAAGCUGAAGGCCCUGGUGGCUUCCAGUACCUCUACAUCCCUCGUUCCCGCAGACUCACCUGCCAAGAAGCCCGUUCUCAUCUUCACUGCCUUGGAAUCGACCCCUAUAGAAUUCUAGACAUAACUUUCCCUGCUCGCUCUGUUGUUGGACUUCUUAUCCACAACCAGUACUGUCCCUCUAUUCUUGCUACACUUGAAAAGCAUACCAUUAAGCCCUUCCUUGAUUUUGACCCUCUUGAUCCUGUCCACCUUGCUGAUCCCGAAAUCAAAAGUUUGCCCCUUGAGGAACAACACCUGUUUGCCAAGACCCUUCACUAUAGUCGAUGUGAAAAAGCUGUGGCCCGCCUUCCUUACCACCUUGCCUCGCCCAUUGCCCGCUCCUUUCUAGAUGAUGCUAUCUUUAAUGAGGCAGAUGUUUCUCGCAUUCUGAGUUCCUGCCGAGGUGCUCCCGUUUUCCCUGCUGAAGAAAAGUCUUCUGAUCCUGAUACCGAUAUGAUCGAUGCUAAAAGUGAACACACCCAAGCCUGUAGCGGCACACUCUAAAGAUGAUUGAUCCCAAUCACCCCUUCACUCCUUCCUUGUCAACCUCUCUUGCCACUCAUUCUCGAUCGCCCUCACCUCCAACCCCACUCACUCCCACCACUCCCUUCCACAUCGGCCUAUGGAAUGCUAAUGGCCUUCAAGCCUC